AUUAUUACAAAAGGGAGUCGGAGUACGCUAAGCGACGGACGGCUUGGCGGUGGUCCCGAAUUUAAUAUCAUUAAAAUUGUAUUUUGUUACAUUUUCAAUAAUUAUUAAAAGCGAUAUAAUUGUAGAGGAGGUGCGUGGCGGUGUUGAAGAGCAAACCAGCCGUGUCUGCGUUGUGUUCGCGACGCUGGCGACCGGUCGCCGCGCGGCCCGAGUGCCGCUGCCGUGCCGAGAAGUCUCCUUAUCGAUUUUCUCAAUGCUGCAUUAAAUUACUAUAUAAAUCGUGAAUGCGGACUGCAAACUUCGACGCGAACAAUAUGCGAUACGCUUAAACGUCGCACAAACGCAUGUACAUUUAAUAGUUCAUAUUAUAUAGUGGGGCCUAAACUAAUUCGUACAAAUUAAAUAUAGCUUAGGUUAUAGUGUGAUGCGGUGAGCGCGGUGAAGGAAGCCGCGGAUACGAUUCGUAGGAUCGGUUAAAGUCCUCGCUGCCCAUGUCGAUGAUCACAUCGCCAUUGUUUUGGGAAUGGUUUAACAUUUGGCUAGUUGAAUUUCUGAAGGAUUUGUAUCAUGAAAUUAAAAUGGUUGCGCUAAGAGGUAAUGGGUUCGUAUCGCACGGCGGUCAGUCGGAGGUGGCGGGCAAUGGGGCGCAGAACGGCGGUGGCAUCGGGUCGGCGCGCGUGCAGGUGCAGUACAUGCCGGGGCCUAUCAAGCACGAGCCGCCGCGGUACCCGGCUUGCGCACCUUCCGCUGCCGCCUCCUCCGGCGCCACCUAUAGGCUGCUACCGCAGUCGACGCCAAACAGUUAUCCACGAGCUUCAACACCACACAGGUCGGAGUGCUACCAUCCGUCGGGCUCGACGGCCUCCGGCUUCUUGCCGGGGGCUCAGCCGACCAUAGGGCCCCAGCCGACCCUGCGCCCGCAGCCGACCCCGCAGCCGUCAGCGCCCCCCGCGCCCCCUGCGCCUGCUGCACAACAACUGGACAUGUCAAAGCCUGCCCUGGCAGGACACAACUACGUGCCACAACAAAGUCAGAGUCCGCAAUCGAGACCGCAGUAUUCAAACUUCUCGUACAGGGCGCAACAUGGAACACGGCCCAAUACACAUCCAAGACAACAACAGCCUUACAUUGGCGGUGCGGGUAACAACACAGCGGCGCCUGUCGUAUACCACCAUCCCACGCUGGUCUUCCAGCCACACAUGGGACUGCCACAAGGCUACCAGCAACCAAGGUCGUCCUCGUCAGGAUUUUACCAGUACGUAUCGCCGUAUUUGGGUUACGGCACUCCAACUGGUCACACACCACCAUAUUACUACCCGAACAACCAGCCUUUGGGUGGCAGCGGAGUGACUUCGAACAGCGCGCGCGCUGGGGCCCCACUAGUGGGCCCGCAGCCCACAGCUGCGGCCGCGCCAGCACCACUCCCCCAUGCGCCACCACCCCCCCACCUACACACCACCAUGCCUGGUGUACGACCUACACUCACAAAGCGUAGCCACAGAGUGCCUAUAAUCGAUCCUGUUACACAGCAAGAGGUACUGUCAGAGUUAUACAACAAUGAUACAUAUUUCGUACCGGGAGAAAUGAACGAGAGACAAACACCUCAACCGGAGGUGACGCCGACGCACACCAUCGCGGAAGAAUUUUCGAGACUGGUGAACGAAUCGAUAGCGAACCAACAGCCCAUGAACGAAGUUGCAAUGAAGCCACCUAUCGUCCCCAAGACGAUCGAAAUGCCCACCCCGCCUUUAUCAUUGUCCAUGCAAACACAAACGAACGUCAUAAACCCUAUUAAUAGUAAUUUAGUAAAGUCUGAUAUAAUAAAUUAUAAUGACAAUACAACUUUAGGAUCCGAAGUUGUUGCUAAUGUUGUUGAAACUCCAGUCGUUUCUGCAAUAUCUGACAGUCCCGUUAUAGUGCCUAAAAUUACUAACGUAAAGCAGCAAGUUCCAAAGACUGCGGAACAGAGUCAGAGCCCAGUGGAGACGAAGAGUCAACCGCAAGGGUACAAGCAAAAUAAGCAGAAGAAUAAGCCGACUGUGCCACAAGUCGAAGAAGCAUUAGAGAAAGCUGCACCCUUCGUGAUUGCGGCCGCGACUCCCGCCGCUCCCGCUGAACCCGCCGCCCCCGCCGUGGACGUCGCGGACCCUGUUGAGGUGCCCCCGCCGCCGGCAGACUCGCCCCCGGCCCCGGCCCCGGCCCCGGCCCCCGCUCCCACCCGUGCUACAGCUCGCGCACCCGCGCCCGCCCGCGCAACCACCCCCGCGCCCACCCCCGCGCCCGCCCCCGUGCCCACUUCUGCCCCUGCACCCGUGCGUGCACCCGCGCCCGCUCCAGCCCCCGCACAUUCCGUGAACUUCCUCCCCGCUUACGCAAUCCCCACCUUCCAGCCCCCAGCCCCCACUCCCUAUGUAGUCGUAGAACCCCCGCAGACCCGGAGUAGUGCUGCGACCAACCCCAUAACGCAGAUGUUACGCGAGCAAAGGGAUCGGAUCAAAACAGAAGAGGACUCGAAGCAGAAGGAACACGUUCAAGAAAAGGAGACGACGAAGCCUAACGGACCUACGUCACUAGUGCGUUCAGAACCCAUACCUGAAGUUGAACAUGAAAGUCAACUACAUAAAACGGAAACGAAAGUAGCAAAAAUAACAUCAACUCCGAAAGAAAUUCAUGUAACUGAAACAUCAAACAAACUGCCUACAUUACCAGAGUCUGCUGCAACAGAACAUAACAUUGACAAUAUUGAAAAGUCUGCUAAAGAAUUAACUGCCAAACCUAGACUAAGUGAGAAUAAAGAAACCUCCAGCGCAACAAAAGCUCAGCUGAAGCUUUCACAGAGCUUAGAUAAUACUGCAAGUGAUAACAUCAAACACAAAAUGAAGGAUAUUAAUCUUAAUAAUGAGUUGACAGAUUCUGCACCAUCAGCAGAUGCCAAUGAAAAUGAAGUGACAACAUUGAAGUCGGAAAAUGUUAAAGAAGAGAUAUACAAAAAUGAAAAGGUCACAAAUAACCCUAAGAAUGAUAAAUCUUCCAAUAACAUUGACAUAGAAGCAUCAAAAGAUAAUGAUGCUAAUGAUAAUGUUGAAAGUGAUUCAGACAAAGUAAGCAUGGAUCAAAAACAAGAUGCUCCAACGUCUGAUGAAGAGUCAAAGACAUCAACAGCUGAGGACAAUGAGAAAUCAGCCUCUGCUGCUCCAAAACUCAAAUACAAAUAUGACAAUGACCAAUGGUCACCAUUAAACCAGUCUGGCAAGAAGUGCUAUGACAUAGGACUAUUGAUGCAAAUUAAAGAUGAUCCCCUCUCAAAGACAAAGCCAAAUGCACCUAUGUUAGAAGUGUGCAAUAUAAUAAAGCCACAUCAAGAGCCGCAGCCCUUCAACCCAAUAUCCAGGCCUAUUAAUGAUUCCUUGUUCCCGAACUUUGCGAAGAACUCGAGUAUUGGUUCAAGGAGUAACACACCACGGGAUCCUAAGAAGGACGGCAGGAACUUAAGCGCCGGUGGUAAAGGAAGCAUGAAGCUUAACGUUUCACCUAGUGGUAGCACCCAUCAUAAAGCUGUGAUCCGUGUAUCACUGACUCGGGAGGAUGUAAAGCUUAACCAAUCUAAAGAUGCCUGGAAACCGACCAGAUUGAAGGCAGCUAGUCUAAGCGAAGAAGAAUUCAAAACACAGGAGUUGUAUAAGAAAUUCAGAGGUAUUCUGAACAAACUUACGCCGCAGAAGUUUGACACUCUAAUGGAGAAAGUAAAAACAUUGGAAAUAAACACUCAAAGCCGUUUAGAAGGUGUCAUUGAUUUAGUUUUUGAGAAGGCGAUCGAUGAGCCUAACUUUUCCGAGGCCUAUGCUAAUAUGUGCAAUAAACUUGCAUCAAUAAAGGUACCUGCUGAUAAUGGCUCCCCUGACAAAUAUGUUAAUUUCCGACUUCUCAUUAUUAGCAAGUGCCAGAAUCAAUUUGUCACAGCUAAGGUUGAUGAGAAUGUCUUGAAAAUGGAGAAAGAAAUGAAUGAAUGCACUGACCCUGUCAAAAAGAAGGAACUUCAAUUGCAGUUGGAUGAAGAAAAUAGAAAAUUAAGAAUGAGAUCUGUUGGAAAUGUCAGAUUUAUUGGUGAGCUGUAUAAAUUGAAAAUGUUGACUGCCAAGAUUAUGGUUUAUUGUAUGAAUUAUCUUGUAGACAAGUUAGAAGAGGAAAAACUUGAAUGUCUUUGCAAAUUGCUUACCACUAUUGGGGAACAGGUGGAAAACGAAGUGAAAGAGCAAUUGGAGCUUGUGUUCAAACAAAUGCAAGAGAUUGUUGACAAGAAAUCGAAUAAAAUAAGUAGUCGCGUGCGAUUCAUGAUAAAAGACGUGAUCGAGCUGCGCCAACGACGCUGGGUGGUAAAGAGCGUUGUCGACUCCCAGCCCAAGAUGAUGGACCAGAUUCAAAAGGAGGCUGAGCAACAACAGCGACAUAUUGAGUUGAUGAACUCCAUUCCAAUGGGCGGUGGUUACGGUCGCCGCGAGGAUGGCGGUCGUGGUAAACGCGGCGGUGAGGGCCGACGUCAGAAUAAUAACUCAUUCACGGAUAAUAACUGGAAAUCACCACGAAUAAAUACCGUUGACAUGUCCAAACUCAAAGCUGGCACACAAAAGAAUCUAAGCAAUAUCAAACUUGCGCCACAGCAUUCUGGAUGGAACCAUGGCUCGGGUACAAAGAAUACAUUACAGGCCAGCAGUAACUCAAUGAUUGGAAUCACCAAGAACAAAUUCAGCAUGCUUGAGAACUCAUCCACUGAUCCUACAUUGCUCAGAGCAAAUCCUGAUUUAUCUACGAGCUACACAAAAGGAGCUUCCAUUGAGAGGUCAACAUUUAACUCCCGAGGUGACUUUAAUAUGAGCAGCGGCAGUCGUGCCCGACUAACCCCCGAAGCGGCUCCUCGCCCGGUCGCCAGUGCUCCUAGCCCUCAGGUGGCGGAGCCCCCGCCGGUCGCAGAGCCCGCGCAAGAACCCUUGUCUGAAGAGAAGAAGAGAUCCGUCAGGUCCAUGGUCGGACUUAGUCUCAACUUUGACAAUGAUGAGGUUGUUCUUGAAAUACAACAGCGCUUCCCGAUCCAGUACCAUGUGGCACUCGUAACAGAAAUCGUCAAUAUCGUACUAGAAAAAUCAGCAAAAGAUAUUGACACAGUGGCGAAGACGAUUCUACAUAUUGUCAACUUGAAUGUAUUGUCUGCGAGCCACUUCCUCGCUGGCAUUUCUGAGAUAUUUGAGUUUGGGCCCGACCUGUACAUUGACAUACCCAUGCUUUAUGUCUAUCUUAGUAAAUUUAUGACGCCUCUCAUUGAAAAUAAGCAUGUUACAUUUGCUCAAGUAUUUAAACUUUGCGAAAAGUCAAUAAUACCCGCAGAUCAUGGUCAUCUGAUAUUGAAAGCUAUUAUAAAUAGCCUUAAGGAGAGCAUGGGAGUGUCAUUUGUUAAGACCAAAUGGCAGGAGUCUGGAUUGGAGUUCAAGCAAUGGAUGAAUGAGGAUCAAGUGCCUAAAUGGUUAGAAGAUAAUAAAUUAGAGUAUCUUGUGAAGGACAUACCGUCUGAGGAAUCAAAGAUGAUACUGACCCCCGCUGAAGUUGAGAGUAAACUCUUACAGCUCAUGAACGCUGACGAGACUUGCGACUGUGUGCGCGGUUGGAUCCAGGACAAUGUGGGCGCGUCCCGUGAGGAAGAGUGGAUGACACGCGCGCUGAUGGCCGCGGUGUGCUCGCACGCGCUGCUCGGGGGCGAAGGCGCACGUCGGCUGUCCCGUGACCGCAUGCACAAGUACGCCCCGCUGCUGCACGAGCUGGCCGCGCGCAGCGAACUGGACUGUCUGCUGGCUGUGCAGCGUCUUGUGCACCGUCUUGAACAUCCGCAAGGAUUAACAUUGGACAUAUUCCAAUAUCUGCAUGAACAAUACAUCAUCUCUGUAGAAGGAUUCAUUACGUGGGAAACAAGUGAAAAGGAACCAGAGGGAAAAGCGGUGAUGCUGAAGGCGCUGACUUCAUUCUUCACCAACAUCCGAGAGGCGGACAACGAGGACACUUGCAGCGAGGAAUGACGACUGCAGCCGCCGCCGCCCCCCGCGCCGGCCUCCCCCACAAUUACCUUCUACUAUAUUUUUUUAUACUAAAGUACUAACAUAGUUUAAUAAAUAUAGUGGAAUGUGGCGACGACUGACUGGCGACAGUGCACGCAAUGCCACCGCUUGAUUGUAUGAAUGUGUUAUGAAUAACAAAGUUUAAAAUUAUAUAAAAAAAAAAUAGAAAAAAAAGAUAGAUUAAGUGGGAGAGUGAGACGUGGUAUAGGAGAUGUGGAGCGAGGUGAGAUGUAUGUAUGAGUGUGGGGAGAGCCCGAGCUCUGCUGCCACAGAUCUACUAUUAUAAUUUUAAAAGAAUCGAUGCUGUUGCGGAUCGGUUAUAUAUAAACUAAUGCUUGAUUUAGAGAAAGGUGUGUUAUCCUUACACGCCUCAGGUAAGUACCUUUGUUUAUGUGUUUUUUUUUGUAAUUUACCAUUUGAAUCCAUUUUUUUUUUGUUUUGUUCCCCAAACUUAUUAAAUUCUCAAUUAGGAAAAUUAAUGACAUGUAAACGA